GUUCAUCGCGACGAAACCGUCAAUUGCGCACAGCCGUGUCCGAAUGCAGACUUGCAAGUUACCUAGAUGCAGUAGAAAUCACGAUGUAGGCGCCCGGCGACAGCAUGGGCAAGGAAGUCGGGCCGCCGCAGGUCGCCGAGGCCUCGUCGUCGUAGCGUCUUCGCGGUUCAUUCGCGAGGUGGUGGUAGGAAUCGACCUGGGAACCACAAACUCGGCGGUCGCGUACAUCGAGGCGGGCAAGCCCAAGUGCAUUCCCAACGCGGAUGGCGAGACAAUCACCCCCUCCGUGGUCAGCGUGCUCAAAGACGGCGAGGUAGUGGUGGGCAAACGCGCCCAGCGGCAGGCGGUGCUGCACCCCGCCGCCACCUACUACUCCGUGAAGCGGCUCAUAGGGCGGCGGGCGGACGACCCAGCGGUACGGGAGGAGGCGGCCAGGCUGCCGUACAAGGUCAGUGCGGACGAGGACGGGGCUGUGGUGCUGGACUGCCCCAAUGUGGGGCCCGGCUACCUGUACCCGGAGGAGGUGUCGGCCCAGGUCGUGUCCCAGCUGGUUGCUGACGCCGCCGCCCACACCCGCGGCCGCGUCACCAAGGCCGUCAUCGCCGUGCCAGCAUACUUCGACGACCGCCAGCGCGAGGCCACCGUGGCGGCGGGCAAGCUGGCUGGCCUGGAGACGGUGCGGCUGCUGCGUGAGCCGGUGGCAGCGGCGCUGGCGUACGGCCUGGACCUGCGGCAGGACGCCACGGUGCUUGUGUUCGACCUGGGCGGAGGCACCUAUGACGUGUCACUGCUGGAGGUGGGCGCAGGCACCGUGGAGGUGCUCAGCACAGGCGGCGACGCGCACCUGGGCGGAGACGACUGGGACGCGGCCAUCAGCAACUGGGUGGAGCGAAACUACCUGUCCCCGGCGGGACUCGACCCCGGGUCUGACCCCCGGCUCCGCGCCAACCUGCGGGCGCUGGCGCAGGCGGCCAAGCACUCGCUGUCGGAGGCGGACGAGGUGGUCUUGCGGAUGCCUGUGGGCGGCCGCGGCGGCGGGCCGCUGGAGGUGACCCUCACGCGGGACAUGCUGGAGGAGGAGCUGACGCAGGAGCUGUGGCGCAGGUGCCGACUGCCGCUGGACCAGGCAUGCUGGCAGGCGGGCGUGGACCUCAACGAGGUGGUGGGUGGGCACGAGGCCAUGAAGGAGCAGCUGCGGAACCGGGGCGUGCCCAGCUGGAAACUGGAGGCGAUGCAGCCCGAGAUCCGGCCCCGCAAGCGCGCCCCCCUGUCCGCUGUGCUCCUGGUGGGCGGCGCCACACGUAUGCCCGCGGUGCGCGCCUUCCUGCGCAACAUGACGGGGCUGGAGCCGCUGGGCGCGGGGCAGGGCGGCGUGGACCCGGACGAGGCGGUGGCGCUGGGCGCGGCGGUGCAGGCCGGCAUCCUACAGGGCGAGAUCUCCAACCUCAUGGUGAUGGACCAAUGGCAGGCCUCGCUCAUGCGGGCGCUGGCCAAGCUGCAGCUGAGGUCUGACCCGCGGGUCCGGCAGAAGCUGGAGCAGCAGUACGACUUGGAGGAGGGGGGCGAGGAGCUGGGAGGGGAGGAGGAGGGGGCGGGGGGAGGCGGGGAGGCGGCGGGGGAAGGGGCGGGAGGGGCGGCGGCGGGAGGAGGGGAGGGGCAAGGGCAAGGGAAGGGCGGUAAGCAGCUGUCCAAGCGGCAGAAGCGGAAGAUGAAGGAGCGCGGCGCGGGGGCGGGGGCGGUGGGGAAGGAGGAGGCGGAGGCAGCGGGCGAGCAGCAGUAGGAACUAGGAAGUGGGGAGUGGGGAGGCGAUGCGUGUGUCUGAGUGGCUGGAUGGGGACGUGAGGUGUGCUGAAAUGAUGCCUGAGGCUGUUGUAGGACUCUCGCCAGCAGGUGUGAUUUUGCAGCUGCUGUGCUUUUUGCGUGCGUGCCUCGCAGUCGAGCAUUGGAGUGUGAUGAGGGAGGCAAAGCAACCACAUGCGAGCCCACCACAUGCGAGCGGCCGUCCUUUGACGUUAUGACAUGCGCACGAACGUCCAGCACCGGCAGUAUCCUGCAUUGCGUCCCCAUCAGGCGCGGUUGAAACGCCAUGACGCAAGGGUGUGCCAGAUUGACUUGCGUGGCACUGGUAGAUAGGUUACCCCGCCUCCGCCAUCAGCAGCUGCACUGGCUGGACACCACACGCACGUGUGCGCACAUGCCGAUAUUUACUUUAGAGCUGUAGAUCGCGUCGAGUCGGAGAUGCAUGCCCCUGAGCUCGUCGUCGAGCUACGUCGCAGCUCUUGCUUGGCGGGUACUUAGGUUUCAGUAUGAAAGUGCUCCCGGGUCAGCGGAGGCCCGGCAGCUCUUGCCCGCUCCUGUAAACCCGCCAUAGU